AUGUCGAGAACUGCCAACGCCUUAGUAUGCCGCGCUGCGCCAGCACUGCGCUCUACGGUACUGCAAUCAGCUCGCUCACCAUGCCUUCGCAGAGGAUUUGCCCAAGAAACGAGCUUCCCAAAGCCACUGAAGUUGAAGGGCGUUCUCAAGCCUCUGAAGCAAUUCAUGGUGACGCCUACUGUGGGCACUGAGUUUCCAGAGGCCAAUCUCGUUGAGAUGCUUAACGCGCCUAACUCGGAUGAGCUACUAAGAGACCUCGCCAUCACAAUCUCCCGACGCGGAGUUGUCUUCUUCCGAGGCCAGAAUAACAUGACCAACGAUCUCCAAAAGACACUGAUCCAACGCAUGGGCGAGCUGGUGGGAAAGCCGAAGGAAUCCACCCUACACAUCCACCCCGUGCUCAACCCCCAGAGAGCAUUGGGUGGCGAUGACCUCCACAUCAGCACCAUCAACUCCAAGCAGAGGAUAAUGGCCCAGGGCAAGUCAGUACCUCGUGAUCUAGGAAACGCAAGACAGGCACUUGAAUCGUGGCAUAGCGACAUCCAGUCUGAACAGGUGCCCUCCGAUUACACAUGCUUACGGCUCGUGGAGCUGCCCUCUGUUGGAGGAGACACAUUGUGGGCAUCUGGAUAUGAGGUCUAUGAUCGCAUCAGCGAGCCAAUGCGAAAGCUUCUGGAAGGAAAGACUGCGAACUACACCGCACCAUUCUUUGAGAAGAUCAUCAAGAUGAAGAACCUUCAAGUAUACACCGACGCCCGUGGUCACCCCGAAAACGUUGGCAACCCUCUAAAGGCAGUACACCCAGUCGUCCGCACGAACCCCGUAACGGGAUGGAAGAGCGUCUUCGCCAUCGGCGCAUACCCAGGUUCUAUCAACGGCCUGACUCCCCCAGAGAGCGAGAUGAUCCUGAACUGGCUGAUGGACAUGGUACUCCGCAACCACGAUCUACAAUGUCGCUUCAGGUGGCAAGGCCCAAAUGACAUGGCCAUCUGGGAUAACCGCAGUAUGGUGCACAAUGCUACCAUGGAUUACGAUGAGUUUGGUGAUCGAUUCGGAUACCGCGUAUGCGGCAUUGGAGAGAAGCCCUACUUCGAUCCAAACAGCAAGUCGAUGCGCGAAGGAUUGGCGGAAGAGGCCAAGGAGGAGUCUUCGUAA